AAAUCGAUGCGGUUCGUCCAAAAUGGCCCUGUUCCACGCAGCCAGGCUGGGAUUCUCCGGAUUUAAUUCGCUUUUUGCCGGAAGUUUGCGAACCAUAUCGGUUACGGCCGUCAGCAAUCUCAAGGAGAUCAAAGAAGUCACCCAGAAGGAUUCGCUGGUCAUCUCGGCCGACUAUGUUCCUUCCCCGCGGUCGAACCAGCUGAUCGGUGCGGUGGCCAAGCUGACGGAAUGCGGCACCAGCCAGUUCUGCCCGCAGUGUACUCUGGGGCUGGACAUUAAGCACACCGACGUGCUCAUCCUGAGCCAAUAUCUGCGCAGCGACGGUUGCAUGCUGCCCCGCCGGAUUACCGGAUUAUGUAAGCGUCAGCAGCGCCGGAUGACCGCGCUGGUCACGAUGGCACAGAAGGCGGGUCUAAUGCCGAACAUCAAUCCGGCCUGGAGCAAACGGGACCCCAAGAAGCGGUUCCAGUGGAAGAAGAACAACAAAUACUUUGACGAGAGUACCAUUAAAUGCUAGCAAUGUUUGUAUAUUUGAAUCAGUUUGAAGAAUAAUAGAGUAAAA